UUAAACACCUUGUGGACGGGCCACAAAGAAAAUUUCGUCUUGCAGCAAAAGUGAUAUUGCUUUGGUGUUCCAUUGAUUUGGUGAUUCCGCUGUGAUUUCGGUGAUAAUUACGCUGUUCUGAUUAAUAGUUUGAUACAUUCUCGAUAGACAUUUGCAUUAUGGCUCGGCGGUAUGAUUCCAGAACUACGAUCUUUUCACCGGAAGGGCGACUGUAUCAAGUAGAAUAUGCCAUGGAAGCUAUUUCACAUGCCGGAACAUCUUUAGGCAUUUUGGCGAACGACGGAAUUUUGUUGGCAGCCGAAAGGCGCAACACAAACAAACUACUGGAUAACGUAGUUUUUUCGGAAAAAAUCUACAAGCUGAAUGAUGACAUGGUUUGUUCUGUGGCCGGAAUUACAUCGGAUGCAAAUGUGCUGACUAACUUGCUUAGAGUUAUCGCACAAAGAUACCAACUCAACUACGGUGAAGCUAUGCCUUGUGAACAACUUGUUUCACACCUGUGCGACGUAAAGCAGGCCUACACUCAAUACGGCGGAAAGCGCCCUUUUGGAGUAUCGAUUCUGUACAUGGGUUGGGAUAAGCAUUACGGAUAUCAGCUGUACCAAUCCGAUCCUAGCGGCAACUACGGCGGAUGGAAAGCAACAUGCAUUGGCAACAAUUCAGCGGCUGCCGUUUCUGCAUUGAAGCAAGAGUUAAGCGAUAGUGAUAUCACUUUAUCUCAGGCACAGGACUUAGCGGUGAAAGUCCUUUCAAAAACUCUUGACAUGACCAAGCUUACAUCUGAGAAGAUUGAAAUGGCUGCCUUGACAAGAGAAAAUAAUAAAACUAUUAUCAAAAUUCUGUCAGGCAACGAAGUGGAUUCUUUGAUUGCCAAAUACGAAAGAGCAGAAGCGGAGGCAGAAGCAGCCAAAAAAGAGAAAUUGGGACAAAAGUUUUGAAUAAAUGGUCCUUUAUGUAUUUCCGUUGUGGUCUGUAUUUAAAAACGGAUGGAAAAGGCACCCAAGCCAAUUCGUUUGUCAAAUAUAAGAUCCUGAGAUAUUUUUUUUCCUCUGA